AUGCAGAUUCACCGGCAUAGCAUCUCCGGUCUGAUUCUGAUUCUUUGGGCGAGUUGUGUCCUAGGUUUCUCUGGGAUCCAACAGUAUCCCACUGCGCUCAGCAUAAUCAAGCAAGGUGCAGACCUCCCGAAUGUAACGUAUUCGGGAUACGUACCUGUCUCUAAAGACGGGAAAGACGCAUUGUUCUACGCCUACUAUGAAGCACAGGAGGCUGCAGGAACACAUGACACGCCCAUCUUGCUCUGGCUCGAGGGGGGACCUGGAUGUGCAUCCAUGCUGGGGAAUUUCUACAUCCUGGGUCCCUAUUGGCCAAACAAAACUCUCAACCUCGAGCCAAAUCCAGGAACAUGGAAUAGGAUUUAUGGACUCCUCUUCAUAGACCAGCCUGUCGGCACUGGAUUCAGCAUUGCAGUGCUGCCUUAUGCAGGCAAGAAGGGCAUUCCCACGGAUGAGAUGGAGGUGGCAACAGAUCUCUACAUUGGGCUGCAAAAGUUCUUCGCCAAAUAUGAAGACCUGCAACCACGGCCUCUCUACAUCACCGGCGAGUCAUAUGCUGGCAAAUAUGUCCCAUCGAUUGGUGCGCGCUACUACAUCCCAACCUGCCUGUACAUGGGUCGGCCUUUUUUUGACCUGGCUGGACUGGCCAUCGGAAACGGGCUCACUGAUCCUCGCUCGCAGGUGCUGCAGCAUGCUGAUGUGGCAUUCUUCUUUGGGAUGAUCGACACACAGCAGCGCAUUGACGCUAUGACAAUGCAGCUCCUGAUCUCCCAGCUCAUUGCCGAUGAGAGGUGGGAGGAGGCGCACAGGCACCGGGAGGCUUUACUGGAAUACAUAACUCACUGCAGCGGGGCUGGAACUCUGCUUGACUAUCGCCGUUACAGGGAUUAUGACGCCGACAAAAAUGUGGACCGGUACCUGAACCAGCCUGGGGUCAAGGAGAUUUUGGGUGUGCCUAAGGAUAUAGUGUAUGAGUCCUGCUCAGACAAGGUGGGGGAGGCACUGGGCCCGGAUGUCAUGAAGAGCGUCAAACACCUCAUCCCAGACAUCCUGGCCGCCCUGCCCUUACUUCUUUACCAAGGCAGCGCGGACGCUCAGGAUGGUCCUCCGAGCAAUGAGCCAUGGAUUGCGAAUUUGGAUUGGGAGGGGCGGGUGCAGUUCAACGCUGCCCCAAGGGCGCUGUGGCGCAUGGCCUGCCCGGGCAGGCAUCAUGAAAAGGUCGUGGGCUACUGGAGGGAGCACGGCAGUCUGUCCCAUGUCGUCAUCCGAAACGCUGGGCACAUGGUGCCUCACGAUCAGCCGCUGGUUGCACAAGCAAUGAUAGAGCAGUGGGUGAAUGGGACUCUUGAGGGAUGGAGGGGCUCCUUCCAGGUAGUGACGGAUUGA